AUGUAUGGUAAUGAUUGUCAUGCACCACGUGAUAAUUCUUCUUCAACAACACCAUAUCGUUCAACAAUAAUAACAAGUGCUUCACUUUCUGCUAUAUCUCAUCAUCAAAAUCCACCAACUUCAUCAGAUUACUUACCAUUAACAUCAUCAGUAUCUUCAACAAAUUUUACGGAAACAGAUUUAUCAUCUAAACGACCAAUAGUUGAUAACAACUAUACCACGAUAACUGAUCAAUUAGAUGAUGAAGAUUUGAUAGACGAUUUAAAUGACACAACUGAAACAACACGUUUAUAA